AUGUCGGCCAUCGAUACCGGCCAUGUUCUUGUCAACUUCUUGAUAACCGGAGAGUACAGCUGUCUGAAGCCCAAGGGAGAAUCCAUGGACGAGAGACAUGCCUCCGAAUUUACAACGGCACUUCAUGUAUCUGGUGUUGCUGAAUCAUAUGGACUGUCAGGUCUGCGCGAUUUGGCAAUGAAUGAAAUGCAAAAAUUAGGCGACAAAUUGACGAUGUUCUCCCUGAUCCGUAUUAUGGAAGAAGCAAGACCAACACCUGUUCGCAUUCCAGAGGUAGCCGCAUAUAUUCGAUCACGAAUGCAAGAUUUCUAUAAUAUUCCCACAAUAGAAGCUGGAGAAGAAGUCCUGUCUGUAUCUGGAACUCCUCAAACUAUUGGAGAACUUGUUCUCAAGAGUGUUGUCGAAAUACAUCUUCAAGAACUGUCUGUGGAAAAGCAAGCUCCACAAGGUGUGAAUGGAGAAGGGACAUCACCGGCAACAAAGAUUGGGGAGAGUAUGCUCAUAGAAAAGCAAGAACCAGAGCCCGAACCGUUCGAUGGCAGAGAGCAAGAGCAACCUCCGCGAGUGCAAGAUGUUCUUGAGAAUCCGUUUCUCAAUCCGCUUUUGCCCCACAACGCAGCCAAGAACGACAGCCCGGUGCCAACUUCGUCAAUAAACCCGAUGCCGAGAAUAGACAAAAAGCAGAAGAAAAAGAAGUCUGAGACGGCCUCACCCCCAGCAAUUUUCGAACCUACUGGCCAUCCAAAUGAUAACUUGUUCCAAAUAUCCGGGCCCACGUUAGUGCCAACGCACUUUGUGAGCCCUGAGUCACCAAGUCACGAGCCUCUAACCCCUGGCUCAGGUGAUGAUACCCAUGGCCUUCAGCUGGACUGUGCAAAUCGGUCAGACCAUUUGGCUACCAACGGAGAUUGGAAGAACUGUUCCAACUGUCGCAAACUCGUGCGGCUGUUCAGUCACGAACUUGAUAUGGCCCACGAAUGA